AUGUACUCCGCCAUGUAUCGUCGCUGUGCGGCUCUGAUGAUGGCGUUGGAGAACAAGAUGCCCUCAGAGCUGCAACGGCGAUACAUUUUUAUUGGCCAACUCACUCCCCUGCUUCGAUGUUCUUUUAGCAACGAGUUACCGCUCUCUAUUCCACAGCUGCGCGAGCGAAUGCAACGUCAGAAGAAGGACGGUGCGCCUCGCAUGCAAACACUGGACACGGAGGGAAGGUUAGUCCUUACACUUGCCCGCAGCACACGGCCGGAGGAACGGGCAGAGGCACUUGAACGCGGAGAGUCCCUGUGGAAGGAGCUGCAAGAGUCUUCUUCCCCAAUUCCCAUGACCUCACGGACGGGUGUUCGCAUGGCACUUUGUACGUCACUGCGGCGAUGCGCCAUUGUGUCAAGACGGCGUGAAUUGGCUGAUAUAUGGACCGAGCGAUUUUCACAGCGGCACAACAUCCGUCCGGAGGACUUCACUACUGGGCCCGAUCACACAUUGGGUGAAGUGCUCGGGUGGCGUGAGGCCCGGCCCCGCGCACGACCAGGCACCGGCAUAGACGAUGAAGAUAUCGCAGCCGACGCCGAGGAGGAGGAAGAACGGAGUAGAGAAGAAAGGAGGCAGUCGCAACACGAGCGGGAAUUACCUCCAAUACAGCAGUUUCGCCGUGAUGUCUACAUGGAUCAUCCCAUGAUGCAGCGGGCCUUCAAGCGGGGUGUGGAAGGUCCAGGGCCAAGAUACACCGGCGAUUAG